AUCAAACUUGCUCUGCUUGUAACAUAGGAGAAAACAACACUGAUGUUAUCCUAGAUGGCAGCAGUAGAAAAAAAAUUUUUGUCAAGUAUCUUCCAAGUCCAGCCCUAUCUGAUGUAGAGUGCAAUUGUCAGACAGAUAGGCAGCCUUCUGAGCCACAAAAAACAGUAUUUGAGAAGCUAUGUAUGUUGGAGUCAGAGUCUUGUGUGGAUGUUGCUCUCAAAAAGAGCAAUAAAUUGAAGUGCAAAGAGCAAGAACCGUCUGAAAUCUUGACCGUUUCAACCAAGACAGCUGCCCAAGUAAUGCAUGCCAAGCUAUCAAAGAGGCUGUUUCAAGGUAAAAGAAAAACAAAAACUCUCAAAGUUAAACUAACUCAGCCAGUUCUUGCAAAUGCUGAUACUUCUAUGGCAACAAAAUGCUCAUCCGAGACUAUAAAUAAAAUUAGGCAAGAGAUGGGUCCUCCUCUGCCCCCCUUGCUACUGCCUUUGAUUGCUACUCCUCCAAAAGCUGCAGGUACCAUGUCCCCAGUAAUGUCUUCUACUGGUCGAUCCUCUUUGCUUUCCCCUCUUGAUGACCUGAUAUCCCCACUACGUGAAACUCCUGUUCCUCCUCUCAUGUCUCCAUUAACAGAUACUCCAACAGUAAAAUCUGCUCUUCUAUUUUCUCCUCCCUCACCCUCAGAAAUGGCAGUAGGUAGAAGGAUUCGCUCCUCACCUUUGAAAUUUUGUACUUCCAUUCCAAAGCAUGCACUUCCUGUCCCAGGAAGAUUUCCUCUGUUUGCAGCUGAUAGUGCUGCUCCAGGUGCUCCUCAGGAGAACUCUGUGAAAAUAUUGGACACUAUGUAUCCGGAGCUGUCUGCAAGGGCAAGGACACUAAACAUUCUGAAAGGUAAUAUUCAGCUUAACCGAUGUGCUUUUUCAGACAGCCAAAGCUUGCCAGGACCUGUGGCUCAAAUAGGUGGGUUCAAAGCAAUUGCAUCUACAUCAACUGCUUUUGUUAAAACUGGAAGCAAUUUGAAAUCUGAUAGUAGCAAAGAUCAAGACAAAGAUGUGCAAAAUCAGCAAUUGUUUUCAAGCUCAUCAAAUCAUCUUGAAAAACGGGCACUAUUGCCAAUAUCUAUGCCAAGAAGUGCAAAGAGGCUGAGGUUGGACAGUGAACCACUAAAGCUGGAGCCCAAUGAUACUGCUGCUAUCGGAAAUACUAAAAAUACAAUCUCUGAAAUGCAGGAGGCUUUCUGUGACGAAAGCUGUGAAAUCAGUGAUUCAGCACGCAAUUCCAGUUUAGAAGGAUCACUACCAGUAAAGAAGGUUAUUGAUCCUGACUGCCAGAAAGUAUCUUUGGCACUGAAGAAAAUUGCUGAAUCCUGUUUUGACUUGUUACCAGUUAUUAAAGGUCAUGUGUAUGUCGGCAAUAUCUCAAAGAUUCCAAUAAUGAGAGAUGAAGAGAAAGAAGUUGUUUAUGAAUUUGGAAUAAAAAACAAGCAUUUAGCAGAGUCCUUCCUGCAUGUUAUUCUCAGUAAACUCAAGGCUCAGAAGAACGCCACAAAUUACAAUUUCAAUCAGGCUCUAUGUCGAGUCUAUACAGGAAUUUGUCGACAGUUGGGAGAUUUGGAAAGAGCCCGCCUUUUCUGCUAUAGUCUACUUAAAGAGGACUUUCCAGACUCAGAAAAAUUGAUUUUAUUUAUCACAAAUGUAUGGUCUGACAUACUUGUCUUCCAAGGUGCAAUUAACAAAGCUGUGCACCUAGUUGUCAGGCAGAGUGCAAGCGAUGAGAUGCUGGCCUGUUUGAGUGCUUAUCUCAACUGGGAACAGAGUUCCUCUUUAGAUGCUGGUAUUAUGGUCUCAAACCUGCUUUUAGAAAUGCAGUCGUGUCCAAAAGUAGAAUUUCAACUGAGUGAGCAAUACGGAGAAGAUCUGAGUGAAGAUGCUUGGCAGUACAUAUUUGCUGUUGAUCUACUCUGCUCUCACCUGAAGUGGGAUUGGACACAUGACAAUGUUAUAAGCAAAGUGCUUUGGCCUUCUAUGGAUAAAUGGGUGAAGAAGAGAAAGGGGCAUGAAACUGCUCAAUCUAUUCCUGAUAGCGUUAUAGCAUUGACACUCAGGCUAAUUGGUCGAUUGGGCCAAAUAGGUUUGAAGGAAGGAUAUCUUGCUGCAGUGAAGAAUAUUAGUUCUGUAAUUGGGCUGUUUGUACAGCAUGCAAAGGAGGAAGGUGUUCCCUGGGGUGUGCAGCUGGCAGCCAUAUAUUCACUGUGUGACUUGGGUUCAAGCAAUCCAGAAGGUAUUGUUGAGGCCAUCCAUGCUUGGAGAGCAACAGUUCUUAACAACAUCCCUUCUGCUGUCACAAGUGGCAUAGCUGAAAUCACUUCUUUGUGUAAAAUGGAGCUAAACUAAAAUCUAGGGAAGUGGACUGAUCUAAAGGAAGAAGUGCCUUAUUUUACUAAGCAGUAGUUGGUUCCAGUUAAAAACAAUACGAAGUGGUGUGUCCUUUUUUUUUAACAGAAUGUCAGAUCACACAAAGCAAGCUCAAGUAUUUUAUUUGGCUUUUCUGUUUGAGGGAAGAGUUUUAAAGAAAUAAAUAAAAAGACUUGCUUUUCCUAAUAACUGAUCAGUGAUUUGACAACCAGUGCAUCUUUGACUCCUGAGAUAUUUCUGGUUUGAUGUCAAUAAAAAUCAGUAAUAGUUUCCAUAAUUUUACUUCGCUCAAUUUGGAGCAUGGGCUAUUUGACACAACAGAAGAUUGAGCCUGGCUGAAAACCUGGCUCUAUUAUUUUGUACUAUAUUUAUGAAGUAACCAUUCAGAUAGCAGAACUUUGCCCAGAUUCCGAUUUAUUUUGCUUGAGUAGUCUCAUAAGCUUAAUUUAAAAUACUUGUGUAAGACAGGUAGGAAUUGACUUUUUGUGUAACAAUCAUGUAUAGAGUAACAGAGAUAUUAAAUCUCUGAACUUGUAUAUAUGGUAUAUUCUGAUAAUGUGUCUCACAUUUGAUACUGUUCCAAUUGGGGAAUUUUGUGUAUGUAAAUAGAAAGUUGGUUCAAGAAAAGUUCACGUUUCUAACGAUAACUUCACUACACUCUCUGGUUUUGUAUCUUUCAUAAUAAAAGAAGCA